AUGUUCGACUUGAUGCAGAUACAACUAUCAACUACCAGGUUUCUUUCUUAUUAUUGUUUUCAAACGUUUGCCGUAAAAUGUAACUUCCAGAAUAUGGCAUCUCAUAAAGAUUUUACUCAUGAUAACGCCCCAAAACCACUCUACACGUCUGUUGUUGAAAGCGCACUCAGCAGUGCAACAUACAAGGCCUUGGACAAUCUUAUCGCAUUCUACAAUCAACCUGAUGUGGACACGGCGGAAACAAUGACGCCAGCUUGGGAAGCGUCUAUUUCCUCGUUUCUCGAUGCUGUGACCAACACCACAGUCAUGCAGAGUGCACACACUUUCCUAGUAGAUUUAGGGCUCACUUCCCCAAACGAGACACUUUUUAAGAAUCAACUGUACUCUUUGUGGUUCACUUUCUACGCAAGGGAUACCGUGACUGGUAGUUCAGAAGUCACCGUUGUUGCAGGGUUUGAGGCGCUCUUUGGUGGUGAAGUAAAAGAAAGCAAUGUGAUCCGCUUUGGUAACUGGCUUCGCUUCUAUCAACAAGAGAAAGCAGGCAACUUGAACUAUCAUGGGUGGUUCCAAAGAGAAGUUGUAGGUUUCUCAAUCUCUUAG